AGCCGGUACCUCAAGGCUCGGGAUACUUUUACCUUCAUGUAAACUUUAUUAGAAACGAUACAAAUGGUCUUAGAACCACUUGAACUUUGGAUUACGUGAGUGAUUAAUCCUUGGUUCCAGUGACUUCAGGAUAUGCUCUGACUGUUUGACCGACUAUCUGCAAGAUAAACUAAUCAAAAUCUUUUCGCCGAACAUUUCAAUCAUUUUGAACCUCGAAACACAAGCUUAAAGAUUUUGUAAAUUAUUGGCCAACAUAACUUCAUUGGGUACCAAAUUAUUCAUUCCUAUCUACGUUGAAGCUGAAAUUAAUUUCAUUUGUUACUAAGGUAUUCGAAGCUUAGCUGAAAUGCGUAAGAGCUUAACAACUGGCAGAACUGUCCACAAAUUGGGUCUGCAACUUUGGCGUAGUGCGGCUACAGCCCUGAAGCCGCAUAUAGUUCCAGAAACAGUGCCUGGGCCUAAGUCGAAGGAGCUGAAGCAGGAACUGACCUCUAUUCAGAACACUGUGCUGUUGAACUUCUUCGUCGAUUACGAGAAGUCCAGUGGGAACUAUUUGGUAGAUGUGGAUGGCAACCAGAUACUGGACGCAUUCGCCCAGAUAUCUUCAAUGCCAUUAGUGUACAAUCACCCAGCACUGCUGCAGAUGAUGCAAGCAGAAGGAGCCGUCUCCAAGGUCAUCAACAGACCAGCACUCGGUAUGUUCCCCCUGUGCACGAUUCACUCCUCUCUGUCGCCCCCAAAGGGUAUCUAUUUUCACUGUAAAUUUUGUGCAAGUAAUGACGAUUUGAAGUGAUUGCAUGUACAUCUCUGAUGCUGCCGCCAGGAGGCAUCCAAAUACAAUAAUAUAAGAAAUAAAAUAUGAUAUUCAGCGUUGUAUUGUAUCAAUAGGUCGUGAUUCUCUUAUCUAAAUACCAUCGCCGCAGGUUCAGUGUUGAAGUUCUUAGUCGUUUGUUAGAAUUAGGAUCAUUGGUCUGUUCGUCGGCAUUGUUAACAGUUGACGUUAGCCAAUUUUGACGGGCCGCAGACAUUAUCGGGUCAGAAAAUGAAACAAGACGCCUUUUUGAGAUUUUGGGGCGCGUUCAAGUAAGAAAAUGCCCGCAAAGUUUUCUAUUUGAGAUGAGCUUUAUGGGAAGUGCGGUGGACCAUAGAAUGCGGUGGACGCGGAUCUCCUGGCCUGUCAGCUCUGCCCUUCACCUCUGGCUUCCACGGCAGGACUCUGGGAUCUCUGUCGGACCAAACCACUGCACAAGGUUGAUAUAAUCAACACAUUCGACUGGCGCUGUGUACAGUUCCCUCUCAAGUACCCGCUGGAGUAACAUGUGGCAGAGAAUGAACAGAUAUAGAAAGAGACAUUAGCCAGAGUGGGAGAGACAAUCCAGUAGUGGAAAUAGACAUUCCAGUAGUGGAAAUAGACAUUCCAGUAGUGGAAGAAGACAUUCCAGUAGUGGACGAAGACCAAGCCCAUCGCAGCUGUGAUUGUGGAACCCAUUCAGGCGGAAGGUGGCGACAACCAGGCCUCACCCCAGUUCUUUCGUAGGCUGCAAAAGAUAUGCAAGGAGCACAAUGUCGCCUUGAUUGUAGAAGAGGUGCAGACUGCCUUCGGACCCAACGGACAAUUCUGGGCACACGAGUCCUGGGAUCUUCCCUCUCCCGCGGAUAUGGUGAUAUUCAGUGAAAAGAUGCACAUUGCUGGUUUCUACUGCCAGCCAGAAUGCGAAGAAGCCCAGCAGGGUUAUAGAAUUGUCAACACAUGGGUCGGUGAUCCGCUCCGAUUGGCGCUUUUGAAAACGACAUUAGAAGUAAUCAAACAGGACUGCUUUCUCAAGGUUGUGAAGAAAAGCGGGAAGAUCUUGAUGGAGGGCUUGAAAAAGCUUAGAAAGUUCGAGGCCUCAUAUGAUCUCACGCGUGGGUGGCAUGGGAACUUUCAUUGAAUUUGACAUUCCGACCGAAAAGAUGAGGAAAGAUCCGAUUAGCCGAAUGUUCCAUAAAGGUGUUCUGUUUGGUGGAUGUGGCGUGUCAUCUGUCAGAAUGAGGACCGCUCUGAUAUUUGAUCAAAAGGAAUGCGAAAUUUUUCUGGAGACUCUAAAACAUUGCCUUUGAUUGAAAGUAUUUUCAUUGAACUGGAUAUGAAAAUAUUUAUUUGACGCGAUAUUUUAUUUGAUUAUUGAGGUAUAAUUUGUUAUUAAG